CUUCAUUUCUUUUAAGGGGAACGAGGCAGAUAAACCUACUUCUAUCCUCCGCUACCUUAUCCGGAAAAACCCCUUCCGGCGAAAAACCCUAGUUCUUCCUCCGAGUCUCCGCCCUUCUCCGGCAAGUGUGUGAGCUGAAGAUGGCGUCAACUUUCACUGCCACGUCUUCCCUCGGUUCCAUGAUAGCUCCCAAUGGCCACAUAUUGGAUAAGAAACUAUCUUCUUCGAGCUCAUUCGGGAGGAGACAGAACGUGGCCCCCAGAAGAGUCCGAUCUGCUGUGGUAUGCGCAGCCAAGGAGUUGCACUUCAACAAGGAUGGGACUACUAUAAAGAAACUUCAAACUGGUGUCAACAAGCUGGCAGACCUUGUCGGGGUCACACUUGGUCCAAAAGGGCGAAAUGUUGUUCUUGAGAGCAAGUAUGGGUCACCCAAAAUCGUUAAUGAUGGUGUCACUGUUGCUAGGGAGGUUGAGUUGGAGGAUCCAGUUGAGAACAUUGGUGCUAAGCUGGUGAGACAAGCAGCAGCCAAAACCAAUGACUUGGCUGGUGAUGGUACAACUACAUCUGUUGUCCUUGCUCAAGGUUUCAUUGCUGAGGGUGUCAAGGUGGUAGCUGCUGGUGCAAACCCUGUAUUGAUCACUAGAGGCAUUGAGAAAACAACUAAGGCUUUGGUCAGCGAGCUCAAGAACAUGUCCAAGGAGGUUGAAGACAGUGAGCUCUCAGAUGUUGCAGCGGUUAGUGCAGGGAACAACCACGAAGUUGGUAACAUGAUUGCUGAAGCAAUGAGCAAAGUAGGCCGGAAGGGUGUGGUGACUCUUGAGGAGGGGAGAAGUGCUGACAACAAUCUCUAUGUCGUGGAAGGGAUGCAAUUUGAUCGCGGUUACAUCUCCCCAUACUUUGUAACAGACAGCGAGAAAAUGUCAGCUGAGUACGAGAAUUGCAAGUUGCUUCUCGUAGACAAGAAAAUUACAAAUGCAAGGGAUCUUGUAGGAGUUCUAGAGGAUGCCAUUAGAGGCAGCUACCCGAUCCUGAUAAUUGCAGAGGACAUUGAACAAGAAGCUUUGGCAACUCUUGUCGUUAACAAGCUUAGGGGAACGUUGAAGAUUGCCGCUCUCAAAGCUCCUGGAUUUGGUGAGCGGAAGAGUCAAUACCUUGAUGAUAUUGCCAUUCUGACUGGAGCUACUGUAAUCAGAGAGGAAGUUGGUCUUUCUCUAGACAAAGCUGGAAAAGAAGUUCUGGGUAAUGCAUCAAAGGUUGUGCUCACCAAGGAGAGUACAACCAUUGUGGGUGAUGGAAGCACUCAGGAUGCAGUCAGCAAGCGUGUGGUCCAGAUUAAGAAUCUCAUUGAGCAAGCUGAGCAAGACUACGAGAAGGAAAAACUCAACGAGAGAAUUGCAAAGCUAUCUGGUGGAGUAGCUGUGAUUCAGGUCGGAGCACAGACUGAGACAGAGCUCAAGGAAAAGAAACUGAGAGUUGAAGAUGCUCUUAACGCUACAAAGGCUGCUGUUGAGGAAGGUAUUGUUGUUGGUGGUGGUUGUACUCUUCUUCGGCUUUCAUCCAAGGUUGAUGCCAUUAAGGACACUCUUGAAAAUGAUGAAGAAAAGGUUGGAGCAGACAUCGUCAAAAGAGCAUUGAGUUACCCUCUGAAAUUGAUCGCCAAAAACGCUGGUGUCAACGGAAGCGUGGUCAGCGAGAAGGUACUUUCCAAUGAUAACCCGAGAUUCGGAUACAAUGCCGCAACUGGAAAGUACGAGGAUCUUAUGUCUGCAGGCAUCAUUGACCCGACAAAGGUUGUCCGAUGUUGUUUGGAACAUGCGGCCUCGGUUGCAAAGACAUUCUUGAUGUCCGACUGUGUUGUGGUUGAGAUCAAGGAGCCAGAGCCAGUUCCCGUCGGCAAUCCGAUGGACAACUCAGGGUAUCCGUACUGAGAUGAAUGCAGACCGGAGGAGUGGGUUGAAGACAAGACAUAGGAGAAUAUUCCGGAGGAGAAUAGCUCUCCGGGAUAACGGAUUCAUUUAAGCUUGCCAGUGCGAGUGUAAUGAUUUUGAACCCAAGAUUGUGUUGCGAUCGAAUCGAAAUUUGGAAUCUUUUCAAUAAGAUGUUUGUCCUUUCGCCA